AAAUAAGACAGAAGAAAAAUGAAAAUAAAACCAAACUCAAGAGGCAAAGCUUUUACUCUCUCCUCUGGUAUCAUAUUCAUUCAUGGCAACUCAGUCUCUUUCUCUUUCGCUUUCCCAUUUCUUCUUUCUCUUCUUCCUCACAUCUCUCUCCCCUGUUUCUUCUCAAUGCAAGCACCCGCCCAUUAUUUUCAACUUCGGCGAUUCCAACUCCGACACCGGCGGUCUCCUGGCCGGACUGGGCUUCCCCGUCAAUCCCCCUUACGGCCGUUCCUUCUUCCGCCGAUCAACUGGACGGUUGUCUGAUGGACGGCUCCUGAUCGACUUUCUCUACCAGAGCUUGAAUGCAAGUUUUUUAAGCCCAUAUCUAGACUCCUUAAGCGGGUCCAAGUUCACAAAUGGUGCAAACUUUGCAGUUGUAGGGUCCUCUACCCUCCCAAAAUUUAUCCCUUUCUCUUUGAACAUUCAGCUCAUGCAGUUCCUUCAUUUCAAGGCCAGAACUCUUGAGCUUGCUUCUUCUGGUGAAGGGAGCUUGAUUAAUGAGGAAGGGUUCAAGAAAGCACUUUACAUGAUUGACAUUGGGCAAAACGACCUUGCGGAUUCAUUUGACAAGAAUAUGUCAUAUGCUCAACUAACCAAGAGAAUACCAUCAAUCAUCAUAGAGAUAAAAAAUGCUGUAAAGUCAUUGUACAAUCAAGGCGGGAGAAAGUUCUGGAUACACAACACAGGCCCAUUGGGAUGUCUGCCUCAGAAACUUUGGUUGGUUCAAAAGGGAGUGUUGGACCAAGUUGGGUGUCUUUCUGUUUACAAUUCUGCAGCAAGGUUGUUCAACGAAGCACUGUGGCACUUGUGCCAGGAGCUGAGGACUGAACUGGAGGGUGCUGCUAUAGUUUAUGUAGAUAUUUAUGCAAUCAAGUAUGAUCUCAUUGCCAAUGCCACCAAAUAUGGUUUCUCAAAUCCACUAAUGGCAUGCUGCGGUUUUGGAGGGCCUCCAUACAACUACAACGUUAGAGUAACAUGUGGUAAUCCUGGCCAUGAGGUUUGUGCAGAAGGCUCUCGGUUUAUAAGCUGGGAUGGAAUCCAUUUCAGUGAAGCAGCUAACUCCAUAGUAGCCUCAAGAGUACUCUCCACCGCAUAUUCUUCUCCACGUACCGCCUUCACUUUCUUCUGCCAGGAUUGAUAAUUUAUGAUUAGGUUCAUUUUUGCACAAGCAAUGCAACUUUGAAGUUGUUUUAUUCACUCUCUUUGUUGGUUUUGCAUUAGAGAGCAGCAUCUUGCUUGUACUUGUUGAAGUCAAUUAUCAAUAAGAAAUAUGGGAAAACCCAUAUUUAUGCCUUGUAACUUCCAGUCUUUAUAU